CCGUCUCGAAUCUUCUCCCCAAAUUCUCUCCUUCCUUCUCCUUCCAAAUCGUCGUCUGAGUCUCGCGUCGAUUCCGACCGAAUAAGAUGGUGGCGGCCGCGCGACUGAUUGGGCGAAUCUCGCGACAAGGCAUAGCCUCCGCGGCGGCGAGGCGGUGGCCGGAGGCGUCGGCGCUUCUUCGGGCGUCGGUGCUGGCGGCGGAGCAGGGCUCCGCCGCUUCUUGCUCUUCAAUCAAGGUCUUGCCUUUGUUGAAUCAACCAAUGCGAUACUCAACAUCAACAUUUCAGAGGUUUGGGUUUUCAUCCUCUGCUCCUCAGCAAGACGAUAAGGAGGCAAACAAGCACACGGAUGAUGGAGGUAAUAAAAGCCCUGGCUUACAAAGUGAUGCUUCAAAUGAAGCCAAUAGAACAGAAGGAGCUGAGAAAGCACCUGAAGUAGGUUCACAAGAUUCCAUGUCCCAAUCCAACAGGAGGAAGAGAGGUGCUAAACGAACUGCAUUUUCUGAUUCAGAUACAGAAGAACUUGACCUGUCAAAGGAGGACCUGGUGAAGCUAGUUCUUGAGAAAGAAGAAUUGUUGAAAUCCAAAGAUGAAGAAAUUAAAGAUAUGAAGGAUAAAGUUUUACGCAGCUAUGCGGAGAUGGAGAAUGUCAUAGCAAGAACAAAACGUGAAUCUGAGAAUUCUAAGAAAUAUGCUGUACAGGGUUUCUCAAAGAGCUUGUUAGAUGUUGCAGACAAUUUGUCUCGGGCGUCAUUUGUUGUCAAGGAAAGUUUCUCAAAGAUUGAUACCUCUAGUGAUUCAAGUGAAGCUGUGCCACUACUGAAAACCCUGCUAGAAGGUGUUGAGAUGACUGAGAAGCAACUUGGGGAGGUCUUCAAGAAGUUUGGAGUGGAAAAGUUUGAUCCUCUAAAUGAGAACUUUGAUCCAAAUAGGCACUAUGCACUUUUCCAAAUUCCUGAUCCUUCAAAACCGUCAGGAACUGUGGCUGCUGUUGUCAAGGUGGGAUACAUGUUACAUGAUCGUGUACUCCGUCCUGCUGAAGUUGGUGUCACUGAAGGUGGUCCAACCGAGGAAAUUACAGAAGAGAAGUCUAGCAAGUCGGAUUAAAUUCGAUCUCAGAUCAUCUGCCUUCGGGCACGAGUGUGAUUGCUCUGAACAUAAAAAGGGAGACACAGUGGUGCACCAACCGGUGGACGAAACAGCGGUGCAUCCACCUAUGGACAAGUUUUCUUUUUAGGCUCGACAGCAGAUCCCUUUCAUGGAUGCUUGUUAUACUCAUAUCAUUUUUGUUGUGAUGAGCAUGCGAUACUUGCCUAGGUCUAGAUCUGCCACCUUUUGUUUUUUAUCCGACCAGAAGUGAUUUCUGGGCUAAUUUUUUGUUUGUCAAACUCGUUAUCACGGAUAUGCUAUUUGACCUCUAAUCUUAUCUGAAGUUCGAACCACGAUA